GGAACGGCUCGCACAGACAAGGGCGGAAACGAAGCGCGGUGACAGCUGGGUAAGUUCAUCCAGGAAGAAAAAGACCAAGCUCGGUCUGCUUCGCCCAGGCUAUACAACUCGACGUCCGAAUCUACGACUUGAGUGGACACUUGACCCAUUCUAGUAUGGCUGAGCUUGCGAGUCUGGUGCAGCGGCUGGAGUUGGCCGUGGGCCGUCUGGAGGCGAUGUCGGGCCCUGGCGCUUGCAACGAAGGCUCUGCCGGUGGAGCUGUCUCAGCCUACGUCGAGGCCUUUGAUGAGAUCAUCAGCGGUCCGAUGAGUCAAUAUUACUGCCACAGUCAGAAGAUAGGGGGCGAUGUCCUGAAACAUGCAGAAAUGAUGAAGCAAGCGUUUGCCAGUCAGAGACAAGUUCUUGUAACAGCCUCCAGUGCUCAGAAGCCCGCCGACGACGUUUUGAGCGCCCUCCUGCGGCCGAUGUCCCAAGCCAUCGAGGAAGUGCAGGCGCUGCGCGAGAAGAACCGCACCUCUAAACAUUUCAACCACCUCUCCGCCAUCAGCGAGAGCGUGCCCGCUCUCGGAUGGGUUGCCGUGGCCCCCAAACCAGGCCCGUAUGUUAAAGAGAUGCAGGACGCCGCCAUGUUCUACACCAACCGUGUGCUCAAGGACUACAAGGAAAAAGACAAGACGCACGUGGAUUGGGUGCGCUCCUAUUUGGCAAUCUGGACCGAUUUGCAGAAUUACAUCAAGCAGUACCACACCACCGGUCUUUCCUGGAGCAAAUCGGGCCCAGUGGCUUCGGCCUCUGCAGCCCAGCCUGGCAGGAGCGCUCCCCCGCCCCCACCUCCUCCCGGACCUCCUCCUCCUCCGCUUUCAUUGGACAACUCGUCUGGACACGGCGACAGUGACCCCAUCAGUCGGAAUGCCUUGUUUGAGUCCAUCAACAAGGGGGCCGACAUCACCAAGGGCCUCAAGCACGUUAAGGAUGAUGAGAAAACCCACAAGAAUCCUGGACUCAGAGCUGGCUCCGGACCAAAACCCUUCACCAGCCCAAAACCCUUCAGCAGCCCGACUCCCCGAGCGGCUCCAUCAGCCGCCCCGUCACGCAGCGCCCCUCCCGUUCUCGAGCUGGACGGGAAGAAGUGGAAAGUGGAGAACCAAGAUGGCCAACAAGGUCUGAUGAUCACUGACACCGAGCUCAAGCAAGUGGUUUACGCUUUCAAGUGUAGCAACAGCACUCUGCAGGUCAAAGGCAAACUCAACUCCAUCAUUUUGGAUAACUGCAAGAAAAUGGGCCUGGUGUUCGACGACGUCGUCGGCAUCGUGGAAAUCAUAAACUGCAGGGAUAUCAAAAUCCAGGUUAUGGGACGGGUUCCCACCAUCUCCAUCAACAAGACUGACGGUUGCCACGUGUACCUGAGCCAAAAGUCGCUGGACUGCGAGAUCAUCAGCGCCAAGAGCUCAGAGAUGAACAUCCUGGUGCCCGGCAAGGAUGGUGAUUUCUCGGAGUUCCCGGUUCCUGAGCAGUUCAAGACUGUCUGGGACGGCACCAAGCUCGUGACUACAUUAACCGAGAUUGCAGGAUAGAGGGGGCGGCACGGCGUGCGGGCCGGGCCGCCUUUUCCCGGCACCUCACACGCCCCUCUCCCCCUAUUUUCGCCAAGUCCACCUUGACUGAUUACCCGCACUCACCAGCUAACACACACACACACACACGCUGUAGAGUCGAGAAUCAGACAUCAUGCAUUUUCGCCCCAUCCCUUUUCCUCGGCCAAGCACAGCUUUCGCUGUUCCCUUCCCACAGCCAACGAGGACUGCUCGCGUUUAUCUGAAGCUUUCCUCCAGCCAAUCAGCAGGGAGCACUUUGCCAACUGUAUAUUUAUCCGGAUAAUGCUGUUCUAAAUUAGCCGCUAUAGUUAAGUGGAUAUCUUCUCUGCAGCCAGUUAUCAAGAUGCUUCAUGCACGAAUUAUCUGCUCAUGGCUAACGAGAGCCCCCCCACCCCCACUCACCCCAGUUAACGGCGAGGUAGGUUUCCGUUCCUUAUUAUGCAAUUCCAUGAAGCACUUGUUCAAUGGUUUCUCCAGCCUCCACGUGGCACAUUAAGUGAAAAUAUUAACAGUUGUGUAUAUUAGCCGACGCAUUAAUUAGGAGUCAAAUCUGGUCAGACAUCAAAAGUUUUCAUCUCAAGCGGAUCGUUUGGAUACAACUAACUUGUAAUCGUGUGUUCUUGCAUUCCCAAGUAUUUGACAUUCCGUGGAAAGAAAAGAUGCGGUGAAGAGCAGUUUAAUUGCUGGUGACUGGCUCCUGCUGUUGUUUCGAAAAUGCAAAAGUGGGCCCCCCCCCCCAAAAAAAAUUGGUGUUUCAUCAUGGCCUUGAAAAUCAGUGUCUAGAUGUCUCUUCUUGGCUCCAUCGUUAAUAACUUGAUUACAUACGCCAAGACCAGAUUGGUUUGUCAGCGUUUGGAAGCUGUGGGUUGAAUAUUUUCUUUUUUUACCUCUUCUCUUUUUUUUGUGGAGAGGUGGUUGGUUUCACAAUCAGGUUUCUGCUCAUUCGUACUGGAGACAUCAUUAAAAUGUUGCAAUAACA